UAUGGCUGGUGACAUUGUCGUUGGUUUUUGCAUGAUUGCCCAUUGUUCAUCGCUCCCAGCAAGUCAUCAUGUCGUCUUCAGACGAUGAUGCUGCACGACAGUUUUACCUUGACAACUACCUCCUCGUGAACCUCUCGUUCCUUGUUCUCGCCCCAAUACACCUCAUUGUCAUUUCACUCGUCUUUUACCGGUCCUAUGUUCUCGUCUUCAAGGAGAAAAAAGCACUGUCACUAUCACAGAGAAUACCAGUGUAUAUUGUAAUAGGAGAGUUUCUCAUGUUGACAAGCUUUGGAACGACAGCAUUGUAUCAAAUUAUCAAACAGCGACUGUUUACGGGAACAACUUGUCGAGCCAUGGGUGCUUUUACGGGCUACUUUGCUGCGGUCGAGUACCUUCUGUCCUCGUUUCUCUCUGCCUUUACCUAUGCUCGUGUGUGUCGGCAGUGGGAAGUGAGCUGGGGAAAGUACGACUGGGGCCUCCUCAUUCCAGCGAAUGGAAUAUGCCUCACUCUCCUUGUUAUUUGCUGGGAGACGAAUUGGUUCGGUCCCUUGGGAGAGUUUUCCUGUUUUAUUGACACGACCCAAGGUGAACACUCUCGAAAUAUCGCAAUUGCGGCAGUCACCCUGCUGCUAUGCAGUAUAGCUUCGGUCGUGGCGUUUUCAACGCCUGUCCUGGUCAAAAUUUGGAGAACAAGUCGUGAUCUGGAACGGGUGCUUGCAAUUACUGUUCAGGGUGGGAAGCUUGUUUUCGCUCAUUCUGAUGUCAAUAAAGCGGCCAGUAAAAUCACAGUCUAUGUAUUGGUCUACUCUGUCAAGUGGAUUAGUGGGGUGCCACUAUAUACCCCGCUGCUUGGACAAGGACCUGCACGAGUACCUCCUAUUUAUUACGUAUUCCCAUACAUCUUUUUCCACAUUGGGGGGAUCAUCAACGGAAUUGUGUAUUUGCUCUACGAAGACUUUAUCCCAGAGUUUAUCGCUCGACCACUAGCUCGAAGACGAGCUCGCCGACAGUUGCAACAGACAAUGGCUGCAGGGUGGGAUGUCGGAGAUAUGCUGGGGGUGAUGACCGGUUUGGAGGAGAGAAGAGACGAGUAUGUCUCGGUGAGUGUUCCUGUAUGGAACGGCACGAGUGGAAUGAAGGGCCGAACCAGUGGGGCAAGUCAAGGCAAUGCCAACAUUCCAUGCACUCUCGCGGGCGUUUCCCGGAGUUGGUCCGCCCCCGCAUACAUAGACCCAGAAGCAGAUGAAAAGUUUGAUACUCGGGACGAAAGAAUUGACUUAAAGACGAUGCUUAUAGAAGAACAAGACGAACAGAUAGAUCUGAUAACCAUGUUGGCUGGUGAACGACAAGAGUUGGAGGAUUGGGAGGCCGAAAAUGCAUCACAAGUGCCUCUGAAGGAUCCUACAGAUGAGUUGACGCUAUUGACUCAGGAGGCAUCCCCGACAGAUGAGGUGGAAGGGCAGACUUCCAACUCUGCGGAUACCAGCAAAAAGAAUUAAUUUCGUAGUCACUUUUAUGUGUUUAUGUUUCUUGCAUAGUUGUUUACAUAGUGUAUUGUAUAUAGAAUCAUUCUCGUAUCAUUAUUUGAUAUUUCACACAAAGAAAUAGAAUUCAUCUACUUGGAAGCGUAUAAACAAAA